AGUUUGUAGAUUGUUGCAUCGCUUACGUCUGCCUCUAGUGGGCGCACAUAGGUACUGCUGAGAGAGUGCGAGAGAGAGAGAGAGGAGGGAGGGUGUGAGAGAGAAAGAGAAAGAAGUGAAGGCAGCCGGGGAGCUAUGCUCAGCACAGCCAGCAUGGCGAGCCAAAGGGACUUCACACACAGAAAAACAUGGAUUAAUGUCCUUCUGCGACUUCUACAGCUAUUAUUGCCGUACAUUCAACACGGAGGAGCUCAGUUUCAAGCCCUGACUCAGAUGUCCAGCGUGGUUGAAGUUUGGCAGGCUGAGGACGCAGACUUCUUCAUGCCAUCGCAGGCAGAGGAGCAGCACAGUGAGAAUGUUCCUCGAGACGAGAGCUCCUCGUUUUAUGUGCAGGAGAGUGGGAGACCGCUCCAGUUUCGGCCGCCCACACUGGAUUUUGGACCACAGCUGGUGGGGCUGCCAAGAGCUGAAACCGUUGAAAUCCAAAACCCCAGCCCAGAGCUCCCAGUCACUCUGCUCUCGGUGUUUACAUCCAGCAGACAUUUUCACAUGCCUUCGUUCCACAGAAGGGUGAUUCCACCCAGAGGGAAAACAUCUUUUAAAAUAAUUUUCCUCCCCACAUUGGAGGGCAAUGAAGAAAUCUCUUUAUUUAUUAACACAUCAACCCAUGGGGUGAUAUCAUACCAGGUUUUUGGGGUUGGUGUCCAUGGGGGGUCAGUCAAGGACGUCCAUAGAAAGGAUAGCGUUCUGAUAUUUCCUCACAUACAGAGCAUUAAUCUAACACAAACUCAGGAAGAUGCUUCUAAUAUAACAAUUUUAGGUCUGGUGCUUGAUUGCAGUUUACCGAAAAUGUUCUACAAUCAGCCCCAGGGUUGGUGUUUAGUAUCGGAGGAAGGCAGAAUUGCACUUCAGAUCAGUCUUUCUGAAAGAGGGGAAAGGUCGACCCACUGGGACAAACACAAGCCUUAUGUGCUGGAGAAUAUUGUGGUGCUGCUGGUCCUCCCUCCACCAGAAGAUGCUGUCUCAGAUCCCAGAAUAGGAGUGUUCAUGUUGAACUCAGGGGAUAAAAAGCUCUUUGUUAAGGAGAUCCAGCUCUUGUCAAGGACAGACAGCAGUGUGGAACUCACUGAAGUGCUACUCAAGCCUUCCGCUACUAAUUUCACUCAAGUGGCUUCACUCUUCUGUAGACGCUCUUUGUCAGCUAAAAGUAAAAGGUGUCCAAGUCAGAUUGGCCUGCAGAUUUUAGCAAACAGAUCAGUGAAUUUAUAUCCACUGCUGGAGGGCACACACAGAUGCUCCAGCUCUGAGCUGAGUUCUUUAUUUCAGCUCAGACAGAAGCAGAGCGGCUCAGAGCAUGUUGAGCUCUGGCUGUCCAUCCCCUUCCCCAUCACCUUCAGAAUCACUAACAUCUCCUUUUCACAGCAUAAACUCUUUAAGGUUGUAAAUUUGACAAAGUCCCUGGAGGUGAGCCCUGGUAGCUGGAAGCUUCUGUCUCUUCAGCUGCUCAGCAAAUCUUUACCCACAAACCUCACAAGCACAGUUACCCUUACAACCAAUGUAGGGGUUCCAAUGGAACUUCAUCUCCAAACGUAUUCUUCUGCCUCAAAGCAGGGAGGUGUUAUGUUCGAGUCUUCUGAGGAGUGUGAACGGAUCUGUCCUCUCCGUUUGUCCAGAGCAGGACGUGUUGAGUGGCAGCAGUCCCUUCUCCCAGAAUCCUCCUCUUCUCUCUGGAGAGUGGACAGCAGUCUGGCCUCUUCACUCUGUAACCGCUGGCACUGUAGCAAAGAGCUCUCUUGCAGCUGGCCCAGACUUCCAGUAAACCACUCUUCACCCCUGGACUUUAGGGCCACACCUGUCAAUGACAGUAAGGUGAAGAAUUUCACUCUGAAAAACCCGACGGGUUCAGUGGUGUCUGUGGAGAUCCGAACCCUCUCCUCAUAUCCAGAUCCGCUUGAAGCCCUUGACAUGUUGACCAAAUGGUUUAAUAUUAGCCCACUGUCUGUGAAUAUCACUACAACAGAGUUUCUUCUAUUGGCUUCUAAUCACAAGGAAAGUAAGAGAGCAAGUGUGUUGAGAUUCCUCCUCCAGCCGUGGGAGUCGAGGACGGUUUCUGUGGCGUACCAGCCCACAGAACACAAGCAUGUUACCUCACUGCUUCUCAUCAGGAACAACCUGACCGUGUUUGACAUGGUUCUGGUUAAAGGGUUUGGGGCAAAGGAGCUGCUGAGAGUAGGAGGGAAGCUCCCAGGGCCUGCAGCCUCACUGCGCUUCAAUGUGCCCCAGUCAACCCUCAUGGAGUGCAGAGAUGGUUUACGAUCAAGUAAGCCCUUGUUUGCCAUCCAGAAAAGCUUUAAAGUGGAGAAUGCAGGCGAGUUGCCAUUGACUGUAGUAUCCAUGAACAUUAAUGGAUAUAAAUGUCAAGGUUAUGGCUUUGAGGUGCAACACUGUGGACCUUUCAGAGUGGACUACAACUCGUCCUCAGAAAUCACAAUUGCAUUUACUCCAGACUUCACAUCUUCGUGGGUAAUCAGAGACUUGACCCUGGAGACAGAACGUGGCUCCCUUUUCCACUUCACCCUCAAUGUGACUCUUCCUCACCACAUGCUGCCCCUGUGUGCUCAGGUGGUACCAGGACCCAGCUGGGAGGAGUCCUUCUGGGUCAUCACACUGGUCUUCACCUGUUCCUCUCUUGCUGGUGUGUGUCUGAUGGCUUUCCAUCAAGCUCAGCACAUUCUAAGCGAGUUCUCCACACCAAGUCCACGUAGCAAUCACAACUCUGUACCUCGUGAAAAUAGUAGUGUAAACCACAUCUCCUCAAAUGGUGUCAGUAAAGGAAAAGGCAGUUGUAAGAACUACACUGACACAAGCCAUCCCUCCGACAAAGGCAAAGGGAGAGGAUCUCCAGCCGUGGCCAGUGGGACAAUUCGAUCACAGUCCUCAUCCAAGAAAACUUCUGGAGGUUCAUCCCAGCCUCCAAAGAAGCAAACAAAGGUGUCGGUCCUAUACAGUAGAUAUAAAAAUAGCCCUGCAACUACUGCUGCUAGUGUUCCUGCCUCCUCGGACUUCUGCAGUCCUCCCACAGACGAAGAUGGAGAUCGCACCUUUGAGCUUGACCCAGAAGUUUGUAAUAACAACAACAAUAACAACGACAUAGACGAAACCCUUCUCCCAGCCGAGAAGAAAGAGCACUUUAGAGAAUCCAGAGAGGACCAGGCAUUGCCAGCUGAUAUGUUUCCUAUGGAAACACUUCCUGGAUUACCAGAAAACAUCCCAGCAAGCAGAGUCCCUCAGCCUGUAGACGAAGCAAUGGAAAACGAGGAGUGUAAAAGAAAAACUAAUGUAGAAAAAAGGGAUAAUGGAGAUGAAGAGAAGUCAGAAAGAGGCAGCAGUCAGAAGAAGACACCAGAGAAAGAUGCAGAACUUGGAGUGUCAGCCACCAGAGCAAAGAAAAACACAGGCAGAAGUCGCAGAAAGGCAGCGGAGCUCAUUCCUGGGCUUCCUGAAAACAGCGUUGUCAUGGUAACAGAAAGUGAGAGAGAAUUUCAACGUAAUGCUGCUAGAACCCGCAACACGAAACCUGAUCUACCUAAAAUAGGAGCCAACCCAGACAGCCCUCUCAAACACAGUGGCACGUGUUUGAGCAGACCUAGGCGUAAGUGUCCAGAGCGACGUCUGCAGUGGGAGUCAGGCUCUGAUUCAAGCAGUUCAUCGGGCAGUGUGAGAGCCAGCCGAGGGUCCUGGGGCAGCUGGAGCAGUGCCAGCAGCAUGGAGGGUGAAAAGGACCCACACAGACAUCCCUGCAGGAGAGACAACAUCCAGUACAACCCAUAUCCAAAAGAUCGGGAAUGUUACAUGAACAUGAACUACAACUGCAAAACUCAAAGGUGUGAAAAGUCGUCGUCAGAAUCCUCCAUCUGCCAUCAGACGUGCAAUCUGGAUUCUAUGAAGCGACGGGAACACUUUUUCAUGAACAAUCUUUAUGUGAGGGAACCAUGCCAAAGCCCAGAAGUCUGUCCCGCCCCUGCACUCCCUCACACCUUUGCUGAUGUAGCUGCAGGUGUGGACAGAAACAUUGACAUAAUCGGCUCUAAUGUGAUUGAAGAGACGUGGUCACCGGCCUCAGUUCCUCUGACCAAUGAAUUCAGGUACAACAUGACCGAAUCCCUCCCAUUCGUCCCUCAGAGUCCCUCAUCGGUAUAUGAAAGCUUCCCUUGGAACAACAAGAACAGCCAGUGCCCCGGUCAGUAUCCCUAUAGUGACCAGACCAACUACAUGCCAACAGGUAAUGGCAAUUACCAAAAUGCAUUCUCAUGCCAUCAAAGCCAAACCGUGACCCACAGCCGUCAGCCAGUGUGGGGUGAGAAUGGAAGCCAUGACGUCAACUCCACAUGGGACACUGGCAGCUGUGUGGGCAGCAAGCCAUUCUUUUCAGGAACCAGAAGUCUGUCACCCAUGUCCAGUCUAUUUGGGUCUAUUUGGACACCUCAAAGCGACCCUUACCAGAGCCACUUCCACCCAGAGCGUUCUGCACCGGUCUUGCCCCACUCACCCAUCUCACCCGUCGCACCCUUCAGCCGCGAACCAGGCGGCGCCUGCCCAGCAAAACAAUACUCCAGCUUCAAUCCCUUUGGACCACACAUGAAUUUGGACAUAUGGAACUCCUCUUCAAACCGGAGCUCCAACUCUCAGCUCUCCAACGAUUCGGGCUACUGCGGGGAUAUGUGAGCGAACGGUGCUUUUGUUUCAGAUAAUAAGGAAAACAGAAUGUGCUUUUAUCUCGAAUAGGGAAAAAUGUGAAUAUUCUUCUUUCUUUUAUGUUUGACGUUGUGGUAAGGUUCAGCAUUUUGUUGUAUAUUUUUCUAGAUGUUUUGCAAGUUUGACCAUUGAAAAUAAAAAAAAAAGUAAAAAAAAAAAAA